GCGCCAGUUAAUUUUUGUUUCCUCACCCGUUUUCCUGCACCUCAAAAAUCGCCGUGCCUUUUCUUCUACAUCUCCUCUACACACAUAAUAACCUCUAGAAACCGAACCAGAUCCUCCAAUUCAAACUCAAAAUGCAGUCUCCAGCGAAAUUGAAAUCGAAAUCUACAAAGAACCACACGCCCACCACUACUACCAUCACGACCACGACGGCCCAACGAACCCAGCGAGCCCAGCAAGCCCCUUACAACGCCGGAGAUACCGUCUUCUUUGGCCUCGAGAAGCGCCGCACAGCCGAGCGCAUACACGCCAUCCAGCUCCAGCGCGACAGCAAGACCGUCCUGAUCAGCGAGUUGAAGGCGUUUGGGCGGAACUUCAAGCUCAGCACGCCGGUGCCGGAAGAUCUGAUGCCGAUUUUGGGAAAGGGUGGGAAGAAGCUGGGACAGGUGGAGGAGAAGAAUGUGAAGAAUGCGAAGAAUUUGAGGGAGAUGACGGAGGACGGUGAGGAGGAGUGGGUCGUUGUGGAUAGGGUGGCGGAGGAUGGAAGGCGGUAG